CAAUUUAUUAUUUAUUUGGUGGCCACCUCUUUCUCUAUCCUCUUCGCCUCCACUCACUCCGCUCGGCAACUCUCGUCGUCGUCGUCCCCCGCGUUCCCCUCUUACCCCUCUCCCUAUGAGCCCUUAGCACCCCACCUCUGCUCCGAACCGAGGAAACCCUAAUCCAUGGCGAAAUCCCUAAUCUUCUCCCCAUCCUCUUUCCUCUCCGCUCCCCUCCCUCCCCUCCCUCGCCAUGGCCGACGCGGAUUUCCUCUAUACAAACCUCGGAGGGUCGACACCAGGGUAAAACUCAGCUUCCACGAGGUCCCCCCGCUCCAAUCCCUCGAUUCCUUUGUGGAUUUCCAUGGAAUUGUGGCUAGAGCCGAGGGGCUCUUGUAUACGCUCGCCGAUGCAGCUGUUGUCGCCGACCCUUCUUCUUCGGGGGCCGAUGCUACCGCGGCGGUUCAGAAGAACGGUGGGUGGUUCGGGUUCAUAUCAGAAACCAUGGAAGUGGUUCUCAAGGUGCUAAAGGAUGGUCUUUCAGCUUUACAUGUGCCAUAUGCUUAUGGUUUCGCCAUUAUUCUUCUCACUGUCAUUGUAAAGAUUGCAACUCUUCCUUUGACCAAGAAGCAGGUAGAGUCGACCCUGGCAAUGCAAAAUUUGCAACCAAAGAUCAAGGCAAUUCAAGAGAGAUACAAAGGCAAUCAGGAAAGAAUACAACUGGAGACUGCCCGUUUGUAUAAGCAAGCUGGAGUGAAUCCGUUAGCAGGAUGUUUCCCAACUUUGGCUACUAUUCCUGUAUGGAUUGGUUUGUACCAAGCUCUCUCAAAUGUGGCAAAUGAGGGGUUGCUGACGGAAGGAUUUUUCUGGAUUCCAUCUUUGGGAGGUCCGACAACAAUAGCUGCUCGGCAAAGUGGAUCGGGGAUUUCCUGGCUCAUUCCUUUUGUGGACGGACAUCCGCCCUUAGGGUGGUCUGACACUGCAGCAUACCUUGUUUUACCCGUUCUUCUUGUUGUUAGUCAAUAUGUUUCUAUGGAGAUUAUGAAACCACCGCAGAGUGAUGAUCCAGCUGCAAAGAACUCUCUUCUUGUUUUCAAGUUUCUCCCUCUUAUGAUUGGUUAUUUCUCUUUGUCGGUUCCAUCAGGAUUGUCAAUUUAUUGGUUUACAAACAAUAUUCUCAGCACAGCUCAGCAGUUAUGGCUGAGGAAAUUAGGUGGGGCAAAACCUGUUGUUAGUGAGGAUGGAGGUGGAAUCAUUAGCGCAGGGCGUGCGAAACGUUCUACCUCCCAACCUGCAAGGACUGGUGAAAGGUUUAAGCAAUUAAAAGAGGAGGACGAUAGGAGAAAGCUUAACAAAGCAUUGCCAGCUGAGGAAGUGCAGAUGUCAUCCUCAACAGAUGAACCUGAAGAUAGUUCAAAUGAUGAGCCCAAGGAUAAGCAGGGAGAAGUCCUGGAGAAGGCUUACAAUUCUAGUGGAGCUAAACAAAUUCCAGAUUACACGGGACCAAGAAAGGGCAAACGAUCAAAAAGAAAGCGUACGGUGCAGUAGAUUGGCCAACCUGAUAUAACUUAAAAAUUUUGACAUUGGUGAGUAACAUGCAUUCUAUGCAGCUGAAUUAUGGCAAAAUCUACCACAACUAUUUUUUAGCUCGGCUCACUAUAGGCCUAAGGACCUUAGGAAAAAAGAAGAUCUUUAGUUUUCUGUUGAAGCAAUAGCUGUAACAGUUGUCUCAAUGCUUUCUAUAGGACCCAUGCUUGCCAGGAAUCAGCUGUACGUUGUAGAUCCAUUUAAUGUACACAAGAUCGUGAUGUAAUUAUGUCUUCAUAUCUUUCUCAUUCGAGGUUCGUAAUACCAUUUUUCUCUGGAUUGAGAUUCGAUAUCCACAAACGAGGCGGAAAAAAAGGAAAAGAAAAAAAGGUUGCAAGAUCUUAAAUUA